UUCCCCCCUUCAAAGUCAAAUAUGUGGAAGACUAACCCUGCCAAGCUUUCUUCUUUCUUUGUCUUCCUUUCUUUGUGGAUUCUUGGUUUUACAAGAUUAAUGGGUCUGGCACAAAACAACACAACAUCAAUCCCAGUUAAUGUUGGAGUUGUUCUUGAACUGGAAACAGGAUUUGGGAAGAUAAGCUUAAGCUCCAUCAAUAUGGCUCUCUCAGAUUUCUAUGCCUCACAUGCUGACUAUAAAACCAGGCUUGUCUUGCAUUCCAGGGACUCCAAUGGAGGUGUUGUUGAUGCAGCUUCAGCAGCUUUGGACUUGAUGAAGAAUGUACGAGUGCAAGCCAUACUAGGCCCUGAAACAACGAUGCAAGCAAACUUCAUAAUUGAACUUGGAGACAAAGCUCAUGUUCCCACCAUAACCUUUACUGCAUCAAGCCCUUCCCUCACAUCUUUUCACAGUUCAUACUUCAUUCGAGCCACCCAAAAUGACUCCUCUCAAGUAGCAGCCAUUAGUGCAAUCACACAAGCUUUUCGAUGGCGAGAGGCAGUCCUCAUUUAUGUGGACAAUGAGUAUGGACAAGGAAUUGUGCCUUACUUAACUGAUGCCUUGCUAGCAGGGAACACCCGAGUUGCUUACCGAAGUGUCGUCAGUUCUCUGGCCACUGACGUGGAGAUUGAGGCAGAGCUGUACAAAUUAAUGACAAUGCAAACAAGGGUGUUCAUAGUACACAUGUUGCCUUCUUUGGGGUCUAGGGUUUUUACCAAAGCUAAAGAGGUUGGAAUGAUGGGUGAAGGGUAUGUUUGGAUCAUGACAACUUCAAUGACCAAUUUGUUGAGUUCAAUCAAUGCUUCUGUCAUGGAGUCCAUGCAAGGCUUAUUGGGUGUUCAACCUUAUCUUCCAAGAACUACGGAGCUCGAAGAGUUCCAGGUUCGCUGGAAGAGGAAGUUCCAACAGGACAAUCCAACGGUUUUCGAUGCUGAACUGAAUGUUUUUGGGUUACGUGCAUAUGAUGCUACCACGGCAUUAGCCCUGGCGGCUGAAAUUGCAGUGAAUUCCACCAACUCCUUGAUUUUCAAAAACCUUAAUGCUUCUGCCAAUUCAUCAACUGAUCUCGAAUCAAUUGGGAUUUCCCAGAACGGUCCGGUGCUUCUCCAAGCACUGCUAAGCACAAGAUUCAAAGGAAUUUCUGGAGAGUUUCAACUGGUCAAUGGAGAAUUACAUUCUUCAGCUUUUGAGAUAGUUAACAUAAAUGGAAAUGGAGCAAGAGGAGUUGGAUUUUGGACACCAGAGAGAGGACUUGUAAGAAACCUGAAUUCAUCUAAUUCAACUACACAUUCUGCUCCCAAUUCCAGCAUUCUCGCACCGAUUAUAUGGCCAGGAGAUUCCACAUCAAGUCCAAAGGGUUUGCAAAUGCCUACAAAUGAGAAGAAAUUGAAAAUAGGAGUUCCUACCAAGUCUGGUUUCACUGAGUUUGUGCAGGUGACAAACGAUUCUAACUCCAAAAAAGUCGAUGGUUACUGCAAAGCCAUCUUUGAUGCUGUCAUGGAAGCUUUACCAUAUGCUGUUUCGUAUGAGUUCAUUCCCUAUGCUCAGCCCAAUGGAAAGGAAGCCACUUACGAUGAUUUGGUCUACCAAGUGUAUCUUAGGACAUUUGACGCUGUGGUGGGAGAUACAACAAUCAGAGAAAACAGGUCCAAGUAUGUAGACUUCACAUUGCCAUACACGGAAUCUGGUGUGUCAAUGAUUGUUCCAAUCACAGACAACCAGAACUACAAUGCAUGGGUAUUCCUGGAGCCAUUGACAUGGGACCUUUGGGUGACCAGUGCUUGUUUCUUUGUCUUCAUCGGGUUCGUGGUCUGGGUUCUCGAACACCGGAUCAAUGAAGACUUCCGCGGCUCACCUGCCCAUCAAGCUGGCACAAGCUUCUGGUUCUCAUUUUCUACCAUGGUUUUCGCACAUCGGGAGAGGGUGGUGAGCAACUUGACUAGAUUUGUAGUUGUGGUUUGGUGCUUUGUUGUUCUGAUUCUCACACAAAGCUUCACUGCCAGUCUCGCAAGUUUACUCACCGUACAGCGGCUGCAGCCCACCGUUACUGAUGUGGAACAGCUUAUCAAGCAUGGGGAAAAUGUGGGUUACCAAGAAGGUUCUUUUGUUUAUGAACUUUUGAAAGGAUUGGGUUUUAAUGAAUCAAAGCUAAUACUUUAUGGUUCAGUUGACGAAUGUCAUGAUUUGUUCACCAAAGGCACUUCAAAGGGAGGCAUAAAAGCUGCUUUUGAUGAAGUACCUUAUGUCAGGCUGCUGCUUGCGAAAUAUUGCAACAAAUAUACCAUGACUGAACCAACUUUUAAAACUGCAGGCUUUGGCUUUGUCUUCCCAAGAAAUUCCCCUCUGGUACCUGAUGUUUCAAGGGCUAUAUUAACUGUGACUGAGGGAGAUAAAAUUAAGGGGAUUGAGAAUGCAUGGCUAGUGAAGCAAAGCAGUUGCCAAGACUCUAGCACGUCGGUCUCUUCUAGUAGGCUUAGUCUUAAUAGUUUCAAGGGAUUAUUUCUAAUUGCAGGACUUGCUUCAGUAGCAGCACUCAUCCUAUUUGCAGCAAUGUUUGUUUAUGAGCACAGGCAUGUGUUAAAGCACUCUGAGUCAAGACCUUCAAUAUGGAGUAGAAUCCUUGAUUUGUUGAAAAUCUUCAACCAGAAAGACCUCUCUUCACACACUUUCAAGAAAAGUGAAUUCAAUGACCGGAGCGGCCAGGGACGGGUUGAUACCUCUCCAAAAACCCACAGCCCUCCAAGUCCGUCAAACUAUGAUCAUAGUUUCACUUUCUUUGGAGAACAGGGGACGCCUUCUCCUGACCGUGGAGAUACCGGUCCAAAUGUUCAACAAGCUCAAGAGAUGGCAAUAAUUAUUGAGCAUGCUAAUCCUGAUCAAAAACAGCCAAGAACUCCUGAUAGAACUCAUGAAAACAAUUGAAAUAGAUCUUCUCAUUGCCUCUAGAUUUCCAACAUAGCCAUAUCUAUUGUAUUUGUAGACUUAGCCUUGUAAAUCUAAUUUAAUGAAACCGACUUCCCAUUUUGGCUA